AUGAAUGCACUGAUUUUGGUGGGUGGGUAUGGAACACGCCUAAGACCUUUGACCCUAACUACACCAAAACCAUUAGUUGAUUUUUGCAAUAAGGCUAUUUUAGAGCAUCAAAUUCUUAAUCUAGCAAAAUCGGGAGUUAAUGAAAUAAUACUAGCCAUUGCUUAUAAACCAGACAAUAUAAAAACCUUUGUAAAUAAUUUACAAGAAAAAUAUAAUGUUAAAAUAAUUUUUUCAAUUGAAGAUGAGCCAUUGGGGACAGGAGGACCAAUAAAGCUAGCUGAACAUUUUUUAUCCAAAUAUGAUGAUUUUUUUGUUUUCAAUUCAGACAUUAUUUGUUCAUUCCCUUUGGUUGAUAUGAUGAAAUUCCACAAGGAAAACACAUCGCUACUAACAAUUAUGGUAAAAGAAGUCGAUGAUCCUCGAUCUUUUGGAGUUGUAAUAACAGACAAUGAAAAAAAAAUUCUUAAGUUUGAAGAAAAACCACUAAUUCCAGAAUCAAGUUUAAUAAAUUCAGGGAUAUAUAUUUUAAAUAAAAAAAUAUUAAAUUUCAUUCCGAAAAGAAAUACGUCCUUAGAAAAGGAAAUAUUUCCAAAGCUAGCUAGCGAAAAUGUGUUACAUUUUUAUAAAUUAAAUGAUUUUUGGGCAGAUAUUGGAAAGCCAUCUGAUUUUUUAAAAGGACAAGCAUUAUAUUUAGACAGUUUUGAAAGUUUUGAAAAGGAUAUAGAAAAAACUGUCAUGCCUGACCGCCUACUAAUUUGCUAUAACAUUACUGACCAAAAUGAAGAUAUAAAAAAUUGUAAUAAUAAAAAUAAAAAAAAAUUAUUUAUAACAUUUGAAAACAUUGAAGAAUUAAAUAAAUUUGAUGAAAAUACAAAUCAAGUUUUAAAUGAUAUAAAAAAGUUAUAUAUAAAAAUAGAAGGAAAUGUUUUAAUCUCUUCAAAUACUGUUAUAAAACAAAAUUGUUUUUUGGGAGAGAAUGUAGUUUUAGGUGAUAAUGUUAUAUUAGGUGAAGGAUGUAGAAUCAAAAAUUCAUGUAUCCUUAAAAAUUCUAUUAUUAAUUCAUAUACUUAUAUCGAUAAUUCUAUAAUAGGUUCAAAGUCUUGUAUAGGCAGUUGGUCUAGAAUUGAAGGCUUGUGUGUGUUGGGAGAAAAUGUUAAUAUAAAACCAGAGCUAUUUAUAAAUAAUGCAUUUAUUCUUCCAUACAAAGAAGUGACUGCCUCUAUUUACGAGAAAGGGGCAAUCAUUAUGUAG